CACGUUCCUACAAAGCCCAAUUAUAACUUGGACGUGGGUGAAUGAUUAGCGCUGUCUUGUCAAGGGUAUUUGAGUGCUUGUCAAAUGGUUCUACUGCCUAUUCUCCCUUCCCUCUAAUUCUUGCAUCCAUUUCCCUCAGGCUGAUCCCAAUCUUUGACUGUUCACAAUGAGCGAUGACCACAAGCUGAAACCUGCUUCAGAGGCUGGGUCCAGAGAAGCAACUGCUGGCGAGAUCUCGAGCCAGCCUCGUAGCGGAUUCUGUCGAGCCCUGCGGAAAUUUAAGAAGAAUAAUAUAGCUGGUAUUGUGCAGAAGCGCUUCAAGCGUUCCCGCCACCAAACCCCUGCUGUCCCGAACGCCGAUCAUGAAGGUACUUCAUCCAAUCAGAACAUUGGGAAUACGUCACCUCUGCACCCUUCCGACGGUGACAAGCCUGUCACAUCUGAGAAUCCCAGUGGCUGUGUGAACCAAGGAGCGCCCGGAGAACCUGCUUUGAAGGAUCAGGCUGCUUCGUCUGGCGUAGAGGAAGCUCCCGAUCCCCAAUCAGUUCAUGCUGGACUUCGGGGUGCCCGUGAGGGGGCGGAAAAUAUGAGACAACUCGGGAAACAUAUCACUUCAGUGGCAUCUGCAGCCAAGGAUGGCCCAGCAGGUCUCGCUGAUGUAGAUAAUUUCCAGACCACAUAUCUCCAACCACUCAGAAUUUUUAAUACUGUCAUUAAGAAUCUUGCGAAUGUACACCCGUAUGCAAAGGUGGCGCUGGGUGCGCUGUCUGCUGCAUCCGAAAUUAUUCUCGCUCAAACGGAACGCGACGAAUCGGUCCAAUCUCUUCUCGACAAAUUAGAAGAAGUCUACCGCUUCAUGUCACAAGAUGACACUCUUGGCCAGAUUUCAUCCAAACACAAUACCGCUGGACGGAUCGCCCAGCAGACUCUAGAGUGCGCGCGUUUCAUCAGGGACUACUCGAAGACAAAGAGCUUUUGUAAGUCAUGAGCCAUUGCUUUCUACAUAUUAUGAAUCUUGUACCAUUAUCACAGGGAAGAGACUCGGGAAAAAUGUUAUCUCGAAUACGAAUGAUCUAAUUGCACAGUACAACAAGGCUUUGGAUGACCUUAUGCAACAAUUUCGGGACCGAGCUGUUCGUGACGUAACCGAUCUUGUCCGGUUCACAAGUGAGGAUUUGGGCGUGCUUCUGACUUUGCAUCUACUCAUACCCUUUC